UCAGAUUUUUUUUAAUAACCAGUAAAAUUUCACUUUAGUCAGUUCUCUCCCUCCGUCGGCGGAGUCCAAAUCUCAAGCCUCCGAUUCGCUCGGCAAAUCCGGCGGCUAGGGCAAAUCGACGGCGGAAACGGAAAUAGCGGGCGAAAAAGUGAAGGAAACCACGGGAAAGCUAUAGAGUGAGCGAAGCACAACUUAAACCGAAACAGGCUUCACAAGCCCAACAAUUGAUUCAUGAACUUUUGUUAAGAUGUUGAUGAUGGAGUCAUGGACUCAAGCCAGGUGGAAGCAGAUUAAUAGGAACUUUCGUGCAAUGAAUUCACCUGAACGGGGUCAGAGGUACGUAAAACAGGACAUAGAAGAUAGUCCAGUUGUGAAUAUUGAUAGUGACAGAGAGGAUGAAGUAUGGGAAGGGGAUCAUAAGAGGAAACAAAGGUCAAGGAAGCCUCAGAUUGGAGAGGAGGCUGAAGGAUUAUACGGUGGUGGAGCGAGGAGAAUUAUUGGCCAUGGAAUUGAUAGCCAAAAUAGGAUAGGUGAUUCAAGCAGAUUGGGUAGUGAUGAAGAAGACUAUGUAACUAGGGAGAAGCUGCGUGUUAAGCAGAUGAGGAGGAACCAAGGAGAUAAUACAUUGGAGAAAUUGAGCAAUUGGUAUCAAGAGGGAGAAAUAGGGAAAAGGCAUGAUGUUGUAGACAAGUCUGGGGAUAGGGAUUUUGAAUCAACUGCUGACAAGGAUGCAACAUCUUUUGACCGGGAAGGUAGAAAAGUUGAUUCUGAGAGGAGUAGAAGCAAGGGGAGGUCAGAAGCUCCGGAAGAAGGCAACAGGCAACGUUCUUUGACCGUUGAAGAUACAUCAGGUAAGGAGAGAUUCGAUAACCAUAGAGAGCAGAGACUUUCCAUUGGUCAUGGUAUUGAUGGCAGUCAUGAAAGGUCUUUUGCAGAGGAGGGUGGCAAUACAGGGUCAAGAGACAAAAUAAGAGAAAUAGAUCACUCCAACAGGUCCAAGACACCUGAGAGGAGUGGGAGGCAACAACACGAAUCGGGCAUGAAUUAUGAGCAAAGCACUUCUUUCAAGCGUAAGGAAGCAGACAGGGAUGUUUACGGUGAAGAUAGCUUAAGAGGAAGAGCAGAUGGCUGGAGUGACAGGAGUAGGGACUGGGAAGGUUCCAAAGAUAAUUGGAAAAGAAGAGAAAGAAGUAAUUAUGAUAAGGAUACAAGAGACGGUGAUAUUUUUUCCGAUCAUGGCAGAGAUUGGGAGAUGCAGAAACGCGGUCGUGAGAGAACCGACGGCGAAAGGCCUCAGGGUCGUUUCACUGGUAGAAAAGACGGAAGCAGAACCGAUGCUGUGAAAACCUCAUCGAAGUACGGAAUUUCGACGGAGAAUUAUGAUGUGAUAGAGAUCCAAACCAAGCCCUUUGAUUAUGGAAGAGAUGAUUCUGCUUCUACUUUCUCCAGAAGAAAUGACUUGAAUCAGGAAUCUGAUACGAAACCAGCACCAAACGAAGAUUGGUCUUAUGGCGGUGACAUUGAUACUCAGUCAGGGGUAGGAAGAGGCCAGCAAGGUUUACUUAAUCGCGCUACUGGUGGCCAAAGUUCCAGAAGUGGUUCACAGCCUCCAUAUGGAAGCCAGGACACAGGAACCUCUGGUAGAGUUGGCAGAGGAUGGGCACGGCCUGCUGGGAGAGACACCCAACAGACUGGAGGUCCAGUGCCCAUGAUGGGCUCACCUUUUGGACCGCUUGGAAUGCCCCUUCAUGGACCUAUGCAACCACUAAACCCUAGCAUGUCACCUGCUCCCGUUCCCCCAAUAUCUCCAAAUGUUUUUAUUCCACCAUUUUCACCUCCUGUUGUUUGGCCUGGACCUCGUGUUGUUGACAUGAAUAUGUUAGCUCUCCCUCCUAUGUCUUCUGGAACAUUUGGACCAAGAUUUCUUCCUGAUGUAAGGACUCCACCAAACCCUGCGUUGUUUUUUAAUCACCCUGGUCCUGGAAGAGGAAUUCCUCCAAAUCCAAACUCAUCUGCCCCAGGCUUUAACACCAUGGUACCAAUUGGACGAGGACAGACACAGGAUAAACCCAUGGGCCCCGGGGGUUGGAUGCCUCCUAGAACUCAAGGGUCUGCUGGUAAAGCUCCUUCUAGAGGAGAGCAGAAUGAUUACUCCCAAAAUUUUGUAGACACUGGAAUGCGCCCUCAGAACUUUAUUAGGGAGCUAGAGCUCACUAGUGUGGUGGAGGACUACCCCAAGCUUAGGGAUCUCAUUCAAAGGAAGGAUGAGAUUGUGGUGAACUCGGCCUCUCCUCCAAUGUAUUAUAAGUGCGACCUCCGUGAGUUUGAGCUGUCACCAGAGUUUUUUGGAACCAAGUUUGAUGUCAUCCUUGUGGACCCUCCUUGGGAGGAAUAUGUUCACCGAGCUCCUGGAGUCACUGACCAUAUGGAUUACUGGACAUUUGAAGAAAUAAUGAAUCUUAAGAUUGAGGCAAUAGCCGACACGCCUUCUUUCAUUUUCCUUUGGGUUGGUGAUGGAGUUGGCCUUGAGCAGGGCCGGCAGUGUCUAAAGAAGUGGGGAUUUCGCAGGUGUGAGGACAUAUGUUGGGUGAAGACAAACAAAAGUAAUGCAACUCCAGGUUUGCGCCAUGAUUCUCAUACUUUGUUUCAACGCUCAAAGGAACACUGCUUGUUGGGCAUUAAGGGAACUGUUCGUCGGAGUACUGAUGGUCAUAUAAUCCAUGCCAAUAUUGACACUGAUGUUAUUAUUGCUGAGGAGCCUCCUUAUGGUUCAACUGCAAAGCCGGAAGAUAUGUACCGCAUAGUUGAGCAUUUUGCAUUAGGCCGCAGGAGGCUUGAGCUCUUUGGUGAAGACCACAAUAUUCGGUCUGGGUGGCUGACUGUUGGCAAAGGACUAUCGUCGUCAAAUUUUGAUGCUAAGGCAUAUGUGAGAAACUUUGCCGACAAGGAUGGUAAAGUAUGGCAGGGAGGGGGAGGACGAAACCCACCACCAGAAGCACCUCAUCUUGUUGUGACUACCCCUGAAAUUGAGGCUCUUCGUCCCAGAUCACCAAUGAAGAACCAACACCAGCAGCAGCAGUCGGCAUCCAUUCCUAUUACGACAGCAAAUUGAAGCAGCAAAAGGUAAAUUAGAAAUUCACCUCAAUCAUAAUUCCCCUAGUCUGAACCAAGAAGCUUGUAGCUCUAGUCAUUCAGCUCCAGGUCCUUCAAUGGAGAGCAGUUGGGAUCGAGGCCGCAGCAAUACUUCUUCAGAGGACAGGGUUACAUUGGUGGUUACGUGCCUCCUAUGGGCUAACAAAUGGAGAUUACCUUUGUUAUGAAUCAAUGUAUAAAUCAUUUUGUGAUAGAAAAAAUUUCAACAUUUACUUGUGUAAUAUUAUUUUGUGAUUUUUUCCUUUCAACUCAAAUAAACGGAGGGGACAUUGAUGUCCUUUUGUAAUAUGAUCCUGGAGGGGACAUCAAUUCAAAGUUCAUGAAGCAGCAUCCAUGACUUACUAA